AUGUCUUCUCCUCUCCGCUCGCGAGUCGCUGGCGCGCCAGAAAGCCGCGACUUGGAUGCAGAGGAGAUGGAAGAAAUGCAAGACGAGGUGACGCCUCUCCGCGGAUACGCUGCCCAGACUGAGGGCGGAGACGAAAGGAGAGGCAACCGUGGCCAUUUCCCAGGAAUGGAAAGCCAAGGAGGAAGGGAAAACAUGGAAACCGAUCAACUCGGAACACAAAACCCCGAUGAAGACGCUUUCCAAAGAUCUCCACUGUCCAGAAGACGACGCCCAGCCUCGCAGCGCGAGGCGUUCUCGCAAGGUUUUUCUCAGAAUCUUUCGGAGCAGGGGCCGCAGCUGUCCGGGGCGACUCACCGCGGCCUCGAGUCUUCAGCCAGCGAGUACGGCGGCACGCCUCUGGCGAUUCGCCGCGUGCGCUUUGCGCGCGCCGACUUGGGCGACAUGGGCAGAGAAUUUCUGCUGCAAGACAGCGACAUGCAGCGCCUCCCCGAACUCCCAAAGGAAGUCGUCGACAGCAACAUGGAAAAAAAAUUCAACGAAUUCUUCGAAACCUUCCGCAUUGAAGACACCGAAGGAAUUUUGGACUUGUCUGAGGAGGAGAAGGCUAUCUCGGCGCUGGCGAAUGACCAAGUGUAUGUAGACUCUGGAUGCCAGAGUUUCUACGCGGUGAAGCUGCUGCAGUAUAUGGAGAGGCGUGGCGCCGCAAUCAUGGCUGGGCACUCCUCUCACGCGGGGCUGUCGUUUGACGUCUCUCUCCAGCAUUUGUUUCUUUUCGACCGGCAGCUGUACGACGCGGCUGUGAAUGCGCCGCAAGACGCGAUUGCCGCCUUCGACGCCAUUCUCCGGAGAAAAUUCGCAGAUCUCCGAGAGCUCCACGGAUGCUUCAACGACGACGGAGCGAUGGGCCAUCUCGGCGCCGAGGAACUCCUCCUCCAGCAAGCUCCGCGACUCCGCCUCUUCUCGAAACCGCCAGCCUUGAUGGACUCGGCGCGGUCGCUCGAUCCUUCGAUCGAUUUGGACCGUCUCGUGUGUCUCAAAGGCAUUGUCGUGCGCACCAGCGAAGUGAUGCCCGAGAUGACCAUGGCCGCUUUCAGGUGUCAAGGUCAGAAACGCGUCGACGUGAACGAGUACACGGCAUGCCUGCAGGAGGUCUACGAGUGCGUGGUGAACGGCGAGGCGCUGGAGCCGAAGAAGUGUCAGUCUUGCGGCGGAACAAACACAUUCGAACUCUGGAUUGAGCAGUGCGCCUUCGCUUCCAAGCAGCUGAUCAAACUCGUGGAGCUGCCUGAGAAACUGCAGCCGGGCGAGACGCCGCAGUCCAUCUCCGUCUUCGCCUACGACGACCUCGUCGACUCUUGCCAUCCAGGCGACCGCGUCGAGCUCACAGGCGUGUUCAAGGCGGCACCUUUGCGCGUGAAUCCGCGCCUGCGGCUGCAGCACGCGGUUUUCCGGACCUUCGUGAGUCUGAUCCACGCGCGCAAAGAGUCUCGGGAGGCGACGCGGGGCAGCGCGCUCUUCCUCCCCUCCCUGGGCGGCGAGAAGGAAAAGGAGACAGAAGAGGACCGAGACGCUGCGGAGCGAGCACGCCUGGCCGGCAACGCCGACGCCGCGAGCGCGACCGCGGCCGCCCUCUCCGCAGGCGCAGGCGCGCCCGUCCCCCUCGAUGGAGAAGACUUCCACUUCUCUCCCGAGGUCGAGGAAAAAAUCAAGGAAAUCAGCCAAAGACCUGACGUGUACGACCUGCUGGUGCGCUCCUUCGCGCCUUCACUCUUUGGUCGCGAAGACGUCAAGAAGGGGAUUUUGUGUCAGCUCGUUGGAGGCACUCAUUUGCUGCCGUGCGCGGAGGAAGAGGGCGAGACUCGCGGCCAAGAAAAAGGGAAAAGCAAAUCCCGGCACGAAAUCCACAUUCUGCUCUGUGGUGACCCCGCAACUGCCAAGUCGCAGUUGCUGCAGUACGUCCACAAAAUUUCGCCCAGGUGUAUGUACACCUCAGGGCGCGGAAGCAGUGCAGUCGGUUUGACCGUGUGCGUCUCGAAGGACCCGGAAACGCGCGAAUUCGUCCUGGAAAGCGGCGCCGUGGUUCUCGCGGAUGGCGGCGUCUGCUGCAUUGACGAAUUCGACAAAAUGGAAGAAGCCGGCAGGUCCAUUCUCCACGAAGUCAUGGAACAGCAGACAGUGACGGUCGCGAAGGCGGGCAUCGUGGCAUCGCUUAAUGCUCGGACGGCGAUCCUCGCCUCUGCAAAUCCUGUCAGCUCUCGGUAUGACCGCCGUCGAGCGGUCAUUGAAAACAUUAAUCUUCCGCCUUCGCUCUUCUCCCGCUUCGACCUCAUCUAUCUGCUCCUCGACACGGCAGACCCGCGCACGGAUCGCCUUCUCGCUCAUCGCCUCUGCCGGUCUUUCGGCAGCAGAAAAACCGCGGAGACAGACGAUGGAAGCGCCGCACAGGCAGACACCAAGCCUCCGCUCCCUGCCGGCUUCUUGGGUCUUUACAUUGCGUACUGCCGCUAUCGCUGCGCGCCGCGGUUGACUCUGGAGGCGCGCGAUCACCUCCGCGACGAGUACCUCCGCAUGCGUCACCGGGACGUGACGUCCAAACACCCGACAGCGACGAUUCGACAGCUCGAGUCGCUGAUUCGGAUUUCCGAGGCUCUCGCAAAGAUGCGACUGUCUCAAGAGGUGACGCGGGCGGAUGCCAUCGAGGCGGUGAGACUCAUGAACUUGGCCACUUACCAGUCUCUCGUCGAUCCUUACACAGGACGCAUUGAUUUUGAUCAGAUCCACUUUGGGCAAACUCGCCAGCAGCGCAUGAUUGCGCAGCGGGCGACGGAAGCGAUCAAGGAGGUUCUCUCAGCAGCAGCGAGCGCCCCAGGCCAGGCGGCCAUGACCCGCGAAGACAUCUUUGUCAAAGUCAAAGAACUCAUGAGAGAAACUGGCGGUCGGCAUGAAAUCGUCGAGCCCAACUUGCUCUUUGAGGCACUCGCCAACCUCGAGAAAGAUCAAAUUGUCACAAAGAAACCAGGCGGUCUCUACCACAUGAGUGCCUCGCCUGCAACAGCAUAA